AUGGAGCAUGAACUUACCAGAAAUAAGAUGAUGAGGCUUCUUCGCAAAGUUCGGCAAAGAAAAACUCGUCUUCUCUCGGAUACUGAUGUCUCUACACCAAAAUCACAUUCGAGUAUAUCGCCAAGUUCUUCAAGUUCGCCCAGUAUUCCAGCACCUGCAUUUUCGUCGUCUAAAACUUAUGAGCCAGACAGAUAUCUGACGGAUAAGCAUAUGAAGCUCUUUUUUGAUCCGCCGGAAUCGGUCGAGGAACUGAUGCUGUUACAGCAUCCCAUGUCAUUGCCUCCUUCAAGCGUAGAAGAAUUACUCCAAAUCAGAGAAGCGGAGAAGAAGUCGACGAAAACAACUUGUCAGUUUUGUCAUCGAAAACUUAAACUGACAGAACAACAGAUAGAAUGUUUAUGUCAUGGGGUUUUCUGUAAGAAACAUCGUCGACCAGCAGCUCAUAAUUGCGGCAUCGAUUAUAAACAAGCUGGAAGGAGUAAAAUUAUUAGGGAGAAUCCUAGGAUUUUGGAAAGUGGUAUACACAAAGCAAGAGAACACUGA